AUGGAUAUUGCACUUGCUUGGUAUUGUCAUUAUGGUGUUCUCAUUCGAUUCAAGGGUGUUAAUCAAACAAAAGCAUGUCUCUGUCCACCAAAUUACUUUGGUUCUCAAUGUCAAUGGCAAAGUCAACGUGUUAGUUUGACUUUACAGUUUAGAAUGAGUAGUAUUAUUUAUUCUACAGUUAUUUAUCAAUUAAUCAUCAUGCUUAUUGAUGAACAAGGAACUAUUGCAUUCACUCAUGAACAAAUAAUAUAUAUGCCUGCUCAUAAUUGUAAUACAAAAUUUAACAUCUAUCUACUUUAUCCACAUCGUCCCAAACAUUCAUCAACAAAUUAUUCGAUUCGUAUUGAUCUUUUUGACAAGUCAAUAUUAGAUUAUUGGACGAGUUGGUAUUUGCCAAUUCCAUUUCAGUUUCUUCCUGUAAAUCGAAUAUCAACUCAGUUAAUCAUUCCUGAAGUACGAGAAAAUGAACUAUGCAAUUUGCCAUGUGGAGAGCAUGGCCGAUGUGUGAGAUAUACAAAUAUGAACAAGUUAUUUUUUUGUCGAUGUGAUCAAGGAUAUUCUGGUACUUUCUGUAAUAUUAUACAUCAAUGUCAAUGUUCAAACGAUUCAUUAUGUCUUGCUCCAUCUAUCUGUGUGUGUCCCUUGAACAAGUUCGGCUCACGUUGUUAUUUGAAAAGGUCGAUAUGUCAAUCAACGAACAAUCCAUGUCAGCACAAUGGACUUUGUAUACCAAUGGAUGAUCGUAUUAAUUUAAAUGCAUUUAUUUGUGUUUGUAAAGAAGACUAUCAUGGUGAACGAUGUCAAUAUACAAGGAAUAAAAUCGAUAUUCGUAUAGACGAGACAAUACUAACAAGAAGUUCAUCAUUCUUUAUACAUUACAUAAUAGCAUUUGACCGAGUAGCAAAACAUGAACAAAUAACUACACUGAAAAAGAUUGCUUUCGCUCACCAUACUAUCACAAUUUAUGUAAAACAACAAUUUAACAUUAUUUUCAUACAAAUACCUGAUGGUGAUUAUUAUCUCACUGUAUUACGAGAAAGAUAUAUAUCAUCAGAAUAUAUUCAUACUCAAAUGUCACUAACGAACCGUUGUUUGUCGGUUCAUGAUCUUCUUAAUGAGACGUUUCGCCAAUAUGAAUAUCUACGUCGGAUUAAAUAUUACCCACUUUUAUGUCGUCAAUAUUCACAAUUGAUGUGUUUUUACGAGGAACAAUACACGUGUAUAUGUGAUACUGAUCGUUUUUCAAAUUGUUUCGAAUUUAAUCGUACGAUCAGAUAUGAUUGUAGUGGAAAAAAUCUUUGUUAUAAUGACGGUCGAUGUUUUCUUAACAAUAAAACCUGUCCAAGUACAUUUACAUGUGUAUGUAAUGACUGUUACUAUGGAACACAAUGUCAAUUUUCAACAAAAAGUUUCAUCUUUUCACUCGAUCCAAUUCUUGGAUAUCAUAUCAAACCAAGUAUUUCAUUUCAUCAACAACCAUUUAUUGUCAAAUUAAGUAUUACUAUCACUACAAUUAUGUUGAUUUCACAAUUAAUCAUGGGUUCACUAUCUAUAGCAACAUUUCAAUUGAAAAAAAUAAGAGAAGUUGGUUGUGGUUAUUAUCUUCUAGCAUCGUCGAUUAGUUCAAUGUGUAUGAUUAUUGUAUUAACAAUUAAAUUUUGGCUACUCAUUCUUUCACAAAUGUCAUUCAUAACUAAUAGAUCAAUACUCUUUGUUAAUUGUGUUUCAAUUGAAAUAAUUCUUAAAUCUUGUUUAGCAUCAAGUGAAUGGCUUAAUGCUUGCGUAGCUAUUGAAAGAAUGUUUAGUGUCAUCAAAGGUAUGACAUUUGACAAGAACAAGAGUAAGACAAUAGCUAAACGAAUGAUUUUUGUUGUAAUCAUUUUCACGAUACUUACACAUAUUCAUGAUCCACUUAAUCGACAAUUGAUUGAUGAUUUAGAUGGAGAUCAAAAACGAAUAUGGUGUUUUGCUAAAUAUUCAUCUGAAGUAACUAAAUAUAAUACAACUAUCACUCUCUUUCAUUUUCUUGUUCCUUUUUCAACCAAUUUUAUAUCUGCUUUGGUACUUAUUAUAGUAACAGCUUAUAGUCGUUUUAAAGCAGAAUCGAAACAAUCACUCAAGCAACAUUUACGAAUAAAAUUCAAACACCACAAACACAUUAUUAUUGCACCUUGUAUUUUGUUAUUAUUAGGUUUGCCACGUCUUAUUAUUUCAUUCACCAGUGGAUGUAUGAGAUCACCACGUCAACCUUGGUUAUAUCUUAUUGGUUAUUUUGUAUCUUUCAUACCAUCAAUAUUAACGUUUUUCGUGUUUGUUUUACCAUCAAAAACUUACAAGGAUGAAUUUGAUAAGAAAAUACAGCGAUGGGUUAGAUCAUUCCUUCGAAGAUCUUGA